AUGGACAAAUUCGGUUUACAAGCAUUAUUACCAUUAAUUAAACAAGAUGAUCCAGAACUAGCCAAGAAAUAUGAUCAUUCAAUGACUCUUGGAGCUGAUUUAGCUUCCAUGUUACAUUCUUUAGGUAUAUCUAAGGAUUUAAGACGACAAAGAGUGUUAGAGACAUUUCAAUCCCCAUGGGCUGAGACUUCUAGAAGUGAAGUAGAACCACAAUUUUAUAUACCUGAGUCAUUCACUAAUAUACCUGAAGUACUUCAAUCGGAGUGUACGCCACCAUGUAUUAAUUCAAUACAAAGAGAUCAACAAAAAGUAGCGCUAUUUCAAGAUGAGACACUUUUUUAUUUAUUUUAUAAACAUCCUGGUACUGUGGUUCAAGAACUAACAUAUUUGGAGUUAAGAAAAAGAAAUUGGAGAUAUCAUAAGACUUUGAAAGCCUGGUUGACUAAAGAUCCAAUGAUGGAGCCAAUAGUUUCUCAGGAUGGAUUAAGUGAAAGAGGUUCCUAUGUAUUUUUUGACCCACAAAGAUGGGAAAAAUGUCAAAGAGAUUUUCUUCUAUUCUAUAAUGCUAUCAUGUAA